AUGCUCCGCCAGAUCGUCUCCCAGGCCAGGAAGCACCCCAGCUUUUCGGUUGUUUUUUUGUUGAUCUCCCUUUUCCUGUUUAUUGGAGCAGGAGGUACGGGAGCAGCACUGUGUUUGACACGUCUGGCAUUGCUCAAUCUGGGUGUCAGCUGGGACCAGAACAGUAACCCAGAACCCUGGAACAAACUGGGUCCCACUGAGCAAUACAAGUUCUACUCGCUGAAUGUGGAUGACAGCAAACUGAGGAGAGGAGGUCCAGACUUCUAA